AUGAGCUCUACAACUAAAAUAUUGGUGCUCAAUCCAAAUCCUAGCAAUCUAGAUAAAGUAUUUCGUCAAGCUAAUAAACUAAAUGUCAAGAAUGGACCUUUUGAUGCCACUGUUUUGCUAGGCGAUGUUUUUCCCAAAGACCAAAACAUUCCCAAUAUUGAAUUGCAAGAAAGUACUUAUUUUGCUCAGGGAGAAGAAGAAGAACUUUCGGCUGAUAUUACCGAAAUUGUUAAUGAAUCUUCAGCUUCGUCAUCAUUGGUGGAUAUCCGCGACAAUUUAAUUUUGGCUAAACCGCCAUUUAGCAUUGUCAAAUUAGUCACGGGGAUUGUGAUGAUGAUCACUUCAGGACCAGUGCUAGAGGAGACAAUUGAGAAAUUUACCAAGCUAAAUUUACCUCAAGUUGAUGUAUUGUUUACAUACAAAUGGCCCGAAGUUAUAGCAAGAUAUUGCGAGCUUCUCCUGGUUGGACAUCAGAUGGUGGAUGAAUUGGUAAAGAUUGUGAAACCAAGAUAUCAUUUUGCUGUUGGAAGACAAGAGGGCAAAUUUUACGAGUUGGAACCAUUUAGAUGGCCAUCUGGUGAAAUAACAAGGUUUAUAAGUUUGGGUCAAGAAGGGAGUGCGGACAAAUGGUUUUACGCAUUCAACAUAGAUGGUAGUAGUAGUAGUAGUUCUGAAGAAGAUACUAAAACUAUAAAUAAUCCAUUUACAUCUAAAAGGAAAUUGACGGAAGAUGUGCAAAAUCUGCAAUUAAAAAAGACCAAAGUUGCUAUUACCCCAGAUCAGUGCUUUUUUUGUUUGAGCAAUCCGAAAACUGAGACUCACAUGAUUGUAUCGAUUGGUUCGCAUACAUAUUUCACAAUAGCAAAAGGGCCACUCACUCGAUCCAAUAGGGAUUUGCCAUUUUCAGGUCAUGGCAUCAUAAUACCCAUACAACAUUUACCUUGUCUCAGCUCAAAGGAGCUUGAAAUACAACAGGAGAUUCUCCGUUUUCAAGAUUCAUUAAUUGAUGCAUUCUCUAAUAGAAAACCAUUUUUGAAAUUGAUAUUCUUUGAAGUGAACAGACCAACCAAUGUACAUCAUCAUGUACAGUUUAUACCGGUGUAUGAGUCGAUAUUGAACAAAUUUGAAACUUCGUUGAACCAUAGGGUACAGCUCAACAAUGAAAAGUUCACUCGGAAUCAGAAAUUAUCAUUUGAAAAAUUCACCAAUGUCCUGAAUCAGGAGUUGGACUCGUGUGCUCCAGGGUUUAUUAAAUUUACCGUUUGCUUAAGCAAGGAUGAAAAGGAAACGUAUAUUGCCAAGAUUCAAGAUCUGGGAAAGCCAAUUGAUAUUCAGUUCCCUAGACGUGUGCUAGCGCAUAUGUUGAGACUUCCAGAUAGAGUUCAAUGGGAUAAAUGCCAGCAAUCCAAAGUAAAAGAAAUGCAAGACUGUGAGGAGUUUAAAGAGUUCUACAAAGAAUUUGAGAUUGCAUAG